GCCCGCAGGCUUCGCAAUGAAGAGGGUUUCGGGGUUCGGGAGGGAGAAAGGCCCGUCGCCCUUGGGCUCCGCUUCUGGCUUGCCGAGGCAGGGCGGGGGCGUUGGGCAGAAGAAUAAUAGAAUUGACAACUCGCUGCUGGGUUACCACGUCCGAGACAGAGAUCUCAGAAAGAUCCACAAGGCUGCCUGCGUGGGCAACGUAGCGCAAGUGCAGCAGAUUCUGUUCUUGGGGGAAAAUGGCGUGGAUGAUAGAGACAAGAUGAACAGGACUGCUCUCCAUUUGGCCUGUGCCAAUGGCCAUCCAGAAGUGGUGACCCUCCUAGUAGAGAGGAAAUGCCAUCUUAACCUCUGUGAUCAUGAAAACAGGACAGCUCUCAUGAAGGCCGUACAGUGCCAGGAAGAGAAAUGUGUAAACAUACUAUUGGAAAAUGGUGCCGAUCCAAAUAUUAGGGAUGUGAGUGGCAACACUGCUCUCCAUUAUGCGGCCUUUGGUGAUAAUAUAUCCAUAAUAGAGAAGCUGCUGCUAUACAAUGCGAAUACUGAGGCAAGAAAUAAGGAUAACUUCACACCACUUCUAGUUGCUGUAAAUGAAAACAAACAGCAAAUAGUGGAAGUUUUAGUAGAAAAGGCAGCAAAUAUACAUGCAGAGGAUAAAUCAAAAAGCAGUUACGAAAUAAUUUGCCACCAUAAAGAAGAAAUCAUGCUUAAAACUUCUUUGCAAAAUAGCAAUCCAGGAGCAGAUAAGAAUGCUGAGGAAGACUCUAUCACCGGCACUGAGAUGAAGACACAGAUCGUAGGACAGAUCAACUCAGAAUGUCAAAGGCUUUCCGAGAAACCUGGUCCUGAUGAUUCAUGGCCUACAUCAGCUAGCCAAGACUUCGAUUUUGAUACCGAGGAAGGAACAGCAAAGUCAGCAAUGGAAGCAAAGGAAGAUGGUGUUGGUAUUAUUGAAAAUGUGCCACCAGAGCAAACAGUUAAUGACAGUUUGACUUCUGCUGGUGGAGUGCAUGAAAAUUACAGAAGUGAUAUGAUGUCAGCAUUAGAAUUGGGAGAAGAGGAAGAUGUAGAAUCACCUUCUCUUCCUGAGGAUAACUUCACACCACUUCUAGUUGCUGUAAAUGAAAACAAACAGCAAAUAGUGGAAGUUUUAGUAGAAAAGGCAGCAAAUAUACAUGCAGAGGAUAAAUCAAAAAGCAGUUACGAAAUAAUUUGCCACCAUAAAGAAGAAAUCAUGCUUAAAACUUCUUUGCAAAAUAGCAAUCCAGGAGCAGAUAAGAAUGCUGAGGAAGACUCUAUCACCGGCACUGAGAUGAAGACACAGAUCGUAGGACAGAUCAACUCAGAAUGUCAAAGGCUUUCCGAGAAACCUGGUCCUGAUGAUUCAUGGCCUACAUCAGCUAGCCAAGACUUCGAUUUUGAUACCGAGGAAGGAACAGCAAAGUCAGCAAUGGAAGCAAAGGAAGAUGGUGUUGGUAUUAUUGAAAAUGUGCCACCAGAGCAAACAGUUAAUGACAGUUUGACUUCUGCUGGUGGAGUGCAUGAAAAUUACAGAAGUGAUAUGAUGUCAGCAUUAGAAUUGGGAGAAGAGGAAGAUGUAGAAUCACCUUCUCUUCCUGAGUAUCAAGUUCCAUUAAAGGUUGAAGAAAAAAAGAAGCACAGAGGAAGUGACAUGGAAGUAUCAGAAAACAUACAUGAUGCUGCGGCUGCUGGAUUAAUUCCACAAAGACAGAAUGGAAAAACUGAUAACCAUCAAUUGCCUAUUGGAGAAAAAAAAGAUUCCGAUAGGAGUGAACCUGGUUUACAUAUGAAGAAGUUAAAGGAAGGUGAAAAUGAAAAAGGGACAUCAAAAGGAUCUGUGAUCACACCAGUGUUGAAGAAGGCCGAUUCUCUAACUGGUGGUCCACUACAAAAGAAUGAUGGCAGCCAUUUCAGUGAAAAGGAUCAGCAUGAAAGCAGACCUGCAAAGAAAAUUUCUAAGAAAAAGAACAAGGUCAAAAAGCAAAUUACUUCUAUGGAUGACCUUGUCGACUUCAUUCAGUCAUCUGAAUCUGAAACAGCCUCAGAGGAUUGUGAGUUGCCUUACUCUAAGAAUUUCAUGUUGCUGAUUGAACAACUUGGCAUGGAUUGUAAAGAUUCUGCUGGCUUAUUAAAAAUCCAAAAUAUACUUGUUUCCUAUGAAAGAUUAAAGAAAUUUAACAAAAAUCACUGUAAACUACUUACCGGAAAAAUUAAAAAAAUGGAAAAAACGGUUAGUGCACUACAAAACGAGCUACGAGAAGCCAAAGACGUGAUAUCACGGUUAGAGCAUCAAAAAGUGGAAUGGGAACAUGAAGUAUGCAGUUUGAGAUUUACUUUAAAACAAGAGGAAGAAAAAAGAAGAAAUGCUGAUAUGUUGCAUGAAAAAAUUAGGGAGAAGUUAAGAAGAAUAGAAGACCAAUAUAAGGAAGAAGUUGAAACAAAACAAGAAUUUGAACUCGCUCUUAGAACACUAAACAUGGAAUUGAAGGCCGCAAAAGAUAAUUUGAAUCAGCUUUCUGAUAGUCGUGAGAAAAUACAAGGUCUGUUGCAUAAAAACUACAUGUUGCAGGAUGAAAUCGCCAUGCUAAGACUGGAAAGAGACACCAUAAAAAAUCAGAACCAGAGAAAGGAAACGAAAUAUUGUGAAGACAUUGAAAGUGUAAAGGAAAAGAAUGACAACCUUCAAAAGACCAUAAAACAGAAUGAGGAAACAUUAUCAAAAACAAUAUUCCGAUAUAGUGGACAGCUUAAUGUUCUGACUGCUGAGAUUACGAUGCUAAAGUCUAAACUGGAGAAUGAAAAACAAAAUAAAGAGAGCCUGGAAGCAGAAGUUGAAUCAUACCGUGCUAGACUGGCUACUGCUGUACACGAUCAUGAUCAGAGCCAGACAUCAAGAAGAGACCUAGAACUUGCUUUCCAGAGAGCAAGAGAUGAAUGGUUUCACUUACAGGACAAGAUGAAUUUUGAUGUGUCUAAACUACAAGAUAACAAUGAAGUUCUUUCUCGGCAACUUUCUCAAGAUGAAAGUAAAUUCAAUGCCCUGGAAAUUGAGCUCCGUCACAUAAAAGAUGCUCUCCGAGAAAAGACUCUACUUUUAGAAUGUGUACAAAGGGACCUAAGCCAAACACAAUGCCAGAAGAUGGAAAUUGAACACAUGUAUCAGAAGGAACAAAGUAAAGUGAAUAACUACAUUGCAAAGCAGGAAUCCUUCGAGGAAAGGUUAUCUCAACUACAAAGUGAAAAUAUGUUGCUUAGACAGCAACUAGAUGAUGCUCACAACGAAGCUGACAGUAAAGAAGAGCUAGGGAUUAAUAUCCAAGACCCGUUUCAGAAUAUCCAAAAAAACCUUAAAGCUAAACGUGGAGAACAAGGUCUUAUGCUGGGAGAAAGAAAUAAAGAGUUAAUCGAUGAAUGUAAACACUUAAAAGAAAGAAUGUAUAAGUAUAAAAAUGAGAAAGCAAAAUUAAAAGUAGUUGUGAGACAACUUCAACAAGGACUGGCUGAUACUCUGAAGAAACAGUCUAUGUCAGAGGCUUCCCCCGAGGUUACGUCACAUCUUCGUCUGGAAGAUGAGACACGGGAUCUCAAGAAGAAAUUAGGUCGAAUCAGAAGUCAGUUGCAAGAAGCACAGGAACGACAUGCAGAGGCCGUAAGAUAUGCUGAGGAGAUGAAAGAUCAUAUGCAAAAGCUACAGGUGAAAAAUGCCAGGCAAGAAGAAACUAUCAAACAUCAAGCGGCCCAAAUUCAAGAUCUUGAGAGCAACGUGAUAAAGACAAGUUUGGCUGAUGUCCUUACAACAGAAAUGGAAACUACAUCUUCAAAAUGUCUACACCUGGAUGCACAAAAUCAAAUUCUUCAACAAGAGUUAUUAUCAAUGAAAGCUUUCGAAGGACAACGUGAAAAACUAGAGAGCAAUAACAAGAAGUUACAACAAGAAGUAGUAAAAUUGAAACAAUUUAUGGAAAUGAAUAUGGUAGAGUGCAGUCAAGUGGAACAGUAUAAACGGGAGGUUGAAGAAGGAGCACGACUGGACACGGCAGAAAAAUUACACGAAGUCAACCUGUUUUUACAGGCACAAGCAGCAGCUCAAGAAAACUUGGACCAGUUAAGAGAAAAUGCUCAUGCUUCAACGAGAAGUCAAAUGGAACUUAGAAUUAAAGAUCUGGAAUCUCAGGUCUCUACAAUGAAGACGUCUCAAGAAGAAUCUACUAAAACAGAGUUGGAAACCUACAGGCAACUCUACCUAGAAGAAUUAAAAGUUAGCAAGUCCUUGAGAAAUAAGCUGAACAGGACUAAUGAGAGGCUGUCAGAGAGCAAUACAAAACUUCUUGCGGAGAGACAGCAGCAUCAAACUUUACUCAGGACUCUUACUAUGAGCCCAGGCCUGGAAACACCUUAUUGUGGACAUUUUGAAAAUAAUUCAGUGCUCAAUGGAAACCUUACUCCACGAGGAAACUUGGUGAUUCCUACCUUAACCCCACGACCGUCAUAUGACCACUGGGAGACUUCCUUGUGGAAGAUGCAGCGGGAGUUGGAGAAAGCAGUAACCAGAGCACCAGAAGAAGCUGCUACCAAAUUUGAACGAGGAUCCUGUAGAACUCCUUUAGUAUCUACUGAUGAUUCAAUUCUAAAUCAAGAUCCAGUAUGGAAAGCGUCACGAGAAUAUGUACAGAUUUUGAACAAAAAUUAUAUGAUUUGAAAAAUAAAUAGAAAAAAUUUACUGGAUGCUUACAAAACAUUGUCCACUAUAUGGAAAAAUCUUGAUUAAAGGAAAAUGUUUUUGUGUCA